AUGUCUACAACAACAACAGUAGAGGGAUCCAUCCACGACUCAGGUGUCGAUUCCCUCGACGACUACGACUCGGAUUCCGACUACCUCUACACAAGUUCUGAUGACGAACAAGAAAGCCCUGACUCAUCAACAACAAAAGAACACAUGACCCCCGACCAGGUACAAAAAUUCCAGCAACUGCAACUCGAACAACGAGAACACCGCAGAGCCCUCCGCCAGGAGAUUCAACAGCGCCAGCAACAACAACGUCGCCGUCGACGCCGAGACGUUUUUUCAACCCUCCCAGCCCCUGUCCUCCAACAGAUCCUUGCCCGCCUGCCACCUUUCCAGAUGCUUAUUAUCUCGGAGCUAUCCCGGCGGUUCUAUAACUUUGUAGUCCUCGGUCAAGAUAUGAACGAGGUCUGGUUCAGGCUGGUCAAGCAUGAAGAGGCCGAGGAGAAGAAGCUGCUCGACUGGUACAAGCUCAAGAAACUCGAGCAGGAACAUCGGUCUGUCCAGAUGUUGCGGUCUUACUCCAACUCUUCCACCUCGUCCAAUAUGUCGAGUGCCUCCUAUGGAAACGGAUAUGGUCCCGCGGACGAACGUGUCCCUGCGAUUUCUAAGCAGGCGCAGAGGCUGUUGAACAAGAAGCAAGAGGCUACCGGUGGCAAGUCGACAAGUACUGUCAAGGCGAUGCGGCGAAAUGACCGCAAGAAGAAUUGGUGCAAGAUUUAUGUUGACACCAUCUUGCGUGGCAACGGAGAGGAUCCCCUUGAGGCCUUGAACCAAAUUGCAUGCGGACCCGCAAAGAGGCCUGUCAAAUUCCAGACCCUUUCUCUGAAUGAACCCCUGCCAUUGGAAUACUACAAGGACGAUGAUUACAGGGACGCGGACAAUGGCGACACGGCGCUCUCGCGGGAGGCCAGAACACAAGCCAAGCUGGACAAGCGGAUGUACUACAAGUCGAUCCGGUCGAAACCCAAGGGCAAGAAGGCUGGACAGAUGGACUCUGCUGCAGCCAAGAUUGACAAGAUCUCGUCAUGGCGGCAACCAGAGUGGACUCAGCAGGAUCAAGUUGCUAUCGAAGAGUACUGA